UACAUACAUACAUUCAACCGUGCGCAUGUGUGCGUUGUAAGAUCAAACUACAUAGUAUUGACGUUGACAAUUUCCAGUUGAUAUUUGGUAGAAAUCUAAGGAAACGACUGUUGGGGGUGUUUCCCAAAAUAUUAAUCACGCAUUCCACAAUUUUAGUAAGUCGAUAUGGAUGCAUUUGGUGACAACUUUGUCAUUGAAGGAGAAGUGGAUCCUGUGGCAGAAUUUGUAGCAAGAGAACAGGAUCAAUUAGCAGGACUUGAAGAUGAAAUUCCACCAGUUUCUAUCUCUACUCCUUCAGCAGGAUCAAAUGCAAAUGAUAUUUUACCUGAAAAUUUUGGCAAUUUAAAAGUUGGCCCAGGUGGUGAUGCUGAAGGUAGCUUUGAAAUAAUAGAUGCUGUUGGACAACCUAAUGAAACACAAUCCCCACCAACUAUGGAAAUUGCAUCCAAGCCGCCACCUGUAAAAGAGGAGCCUGAAAAAAUACGGAAAUGGAGAGAAGAACAAAAGGCUAGAUUAGAGGAAAAAGAUGCAGAAGAAGAAAAAAAGAAAGAAGAAUGGAGGGAGGCUGCAAGGAAAGAGUUAGAAGAAUGGUAUAAACAUCAUGCAGAAACUAUUAGUAAAACAAAAACCACGAACAGGGAAUCAGCCAAGAACGCCGAGAAACAAUUCGUUGCAGAAGCCGAUGAAGUGGAGCCAGGAACGGAAUGGGAACGCAUUGCAAAGCUUUGCGAUUUUAAUCCAAAAUCUUCACGCACCUCUAAAGAUGUUUCCCGGAUGCGUUCAAUCAUCUUACAAUUAAAACAAACUCCACCUACCCCGGUCACUCUUUGAUCGAAUUAAGAACCGGAUUCAAGCAUAGAUAUACAGAAUAUCAAACGUAUUAAACGAAAGAACAGUGUACGCAGGUUACAAUAUCAUUGGAAACAAAGAUCGUAUUUGAUCAUGUCAUGCAAAAGAAUGUAAUAUUACUGUGAAUAAAGAUUAUUAAUAGCAAAUAUUGCCAUAAAUAUUAAAUUUGAAGGAUAUGUAAUAUAAUUAUUAAUUUGUUGAAAAUAAAACGAAAAAAUAAAUGUAAUAGUUUCAGACACGUUACAUGCAUAUA